AUGGCACCGGAGCAAACUCCCCAACUUUCUCACAGGAGGAGUGCUCCCCAACCUUGGAGGACCUUACAGGCCUCGAUCCGGGCAGACAUCCAGGCGCUGCGGGACGACAUUCAGGGCCUUAAUGACCUUGUGGGACGCAUUGAGGCAACCUGCGACCAACUCAGGUCAGCCCACAUUCAAGUAGGCGACAACUUGGCACAGCAUGCGGAUUACCUCCGAGGCCUGGCGCUACAUGUGGAAGACAGACAACCGGGGUAGGUGAAACAACUUGCGGCUGCGAGGCCUCCCCGAGGUUGAAACCGACCCGGCACACCUACAAUCCAUCCUACAGGAGAUCUUUAACAACUUGCUCCGCCGGGACACAACCUUGCCUAUGGCAUUCGUCUGAGCCCAUCUUGCCCUAAAUCCGAGGGGACCCCCAGAUGCACCGCCGCGGGAUGUGGUGUGUUGUAUGGAAGUGUUUCAAGAGAAGGAAGGAGGCCGAUACUCUCCAGUACAGGCAGGCUGAGCUGGAAUUGUAUCCGGACCUGUCCCCGGCCACGCUGCGUUACAGAUGGGUGCUACUGCCUCUAACCAGCACCCUACAGUCCAAAGACUGUAUCGGUAUCGAUGGCUGUUCCCGAUAGGCCUGUCUGUGAACAGGUAGCCCAGUGGUAGUUCGCACCCACGCGGACUUCAUGCAUUUGGAGUCUAUGAUAGCUUCACCGGAGGUGGCCAGACUCAAUUGAGUUUUACUUACCCGAUCCGAUGAGACCAGUGGCUUUACCCCAGAGAGACCGGAGGACCCGCAUUGCGACGACCCGAGUUGCUGGACCUGCACCUUGAACUAGGCAAGAGAGAAUUCUUUAAUUGGCUAUCCUCGCCGGCGUGGUCGUGUCUGCGGACCUGUUCCUGCAAGCCGCUGAGUAGUGCUGGACUCUCCCAACCUUACUUCUGUCUGGCCCCCAACUCUUAGCGUCUCUUAUUCUUCCUUCUGCUCCCUUUCUUUAUCUUCCCCUCUCUUCCUCUUUCCCCUUCUCUCCCCCUCUCCACUCUCUCUCUCCCCCCUAGUAUUCUCUAUCUAUGCCUCCCCCUCCUUCUCUCUCCCCCUUUCACUCUUUCUCUCCCCCCACCCCACCCUCCUUACCAUCCUAUUCGGAUCAGGUCCCAGAUAACACUGCAUGACACUAUUCUACACUCAGCCAAGACUCUGUGAAGUGCCUAAAUGAAAAAAAUCUCAGGAAGUGAAGUGCCUAGACACAUCUUUGACCAACGAUCUAGGACUGCACCUGUAGGACACGAAGACCUACUAGAGGAAGCUCUCAUGGACCUUGCUCAUACUACUGCCCUGGACACCGCCCAACACCCAGAAGGCGACUUGACCAAUCCUGACCCAGCAAAGAAUGGUGUCGUGAGUAUCCCGGUGCCCCAGGCGGCAACGAGUCAUCCAUAGGGUGACUAUUCUUAAAAAAAAAAUUUAAAUUUUUUUUUUCUCGCACCUAACUCACAUUACCACACAUUGAGUAUGGAAUGACUUCCAAUUUUGCUAGCAUUCGAUUAGAUUUUUCUUCACGGACCCAUUUACGUUACAUGUCAUGGUGUACGUUGGCUCUAUAGUUUAUUUUAGGAGUGAUGACGGAUGGACCACGCCCUAGUAUUGCUAACCCUAUCCUCCCCUUUAUUCAGACCUUGGUCUACUCAUUGCGACUUAAUGAGACUCUCCUUUCUGACCCGCUCCUCCUUAAAGACACAACCACCAUCCUGACACAAUACUUUAACGAAAAUGUGACGUCUGACGUUACAGCCCCAGUGGUAUGGGAGGCCUACAAGUGCACCAUUACAGGAUUUUUUAUAGCUAGCGGCACAGUUUUGAAAAAACACAGGGAAGCGGAAAUUAGUGAGCUCACUAAUCAAAUUCAAAAACAGGAAACGGCACAUAAGGCGAACCAAAAUUUGACCACCUUCAAGGAAUUGGUCAACCUGAGACACAAACUAGCUACUCACCUUCACCACCAUCUGCAGUGAUCCCUGCAUAUUUCUUUGUUAAUAGCGAUAAAUGUGACAAACUGCUUGCUUGCAUUCCCAAUAAAGAGAGAAAUAUGUCAUGUAUAGCCUGUCUACGGCAUACCCAAGGCCGACCACAGUGACUACCUGACAGAAUACCCGUAGUGGCAUGUGGAUACUUUACUAAACUGUCAAAAACAACAAUACCAGACUCGCCACGGAAUGAACUGGGGUCGGAGUCUAUACGUGCGUAUCUCAGGGACAAUGUCCACUCGAAAUUAACAACAGAGGCGAUUGAAGCAUUUGAAGCUCCCUUGACAACGGAGGAAUUGGCGGCAGUGGUCAAAGCCAUGAAACCAGGCAAGAGCCUAGGCUCACGGUACGUUACUAUGAGCUGUUCAUGGUCAUAUUGUUCCCACAUUUCCUGGAGGCGUUCAAUUCGCUCACCCAGGGUCAGUGAAUCCCCUCCCAGACACUGACGGCUAACAUCACACUGAUACCCAAGGAGGGCAUGAACUGGCAAAUCUCCCUUUUGAAUUGCGACUUAAAGUUAUUCGCUAAAAUCUUGGCUACCAGGCUGUUACCCUACCUGCCUAUGCUGGUAAAACCGGACCAAGUGGGCUUUGUUCCUCACCGCGAAGCUAGAGAUAAUACUGCAAGAGUACUGGUGCCGAUUCAUCAGGUCCAGAGGACUGGGGAGGACCUUCUACUACUAUCCGCAGAUGCAGAGAAGGCCUUCGACAGAGUGAGCUGGGACUUCCUCGUUCGCACUCUUCAGGCACUGGGAAUUGGACCCAAGAUGUACACCUGGAUCACAGUGUUGUAUGAUAACCCCACGGCAAGUGUCUGUAUCAACAGGGCUUUCACCGACCCAUUCGAGAUCCACAGUGGCACCACAAUGCUGUCACAGCUGCUCUUUGUCCUUGCCCUUGAGCCGUUCCUCCAGGCUGUGAGACACAACCCCGACAUCAAAGGACUCAGAGUGGGACCCACGUCGCAUAAGGUGGGCGCAAAUCCGGAUGACCUGAAAUUCUUUGUUUCCUUGCCAGAGACGACCAUCCCCAAUAUAAUGCAGGAGUUUGAUCGCUGUGAGAAGAUCUCCCAAACUUAAACCUCUUAGUGAGCUUAUAGAUAGCGCACACCACACUUCUCUUCAGAGAUUGAGGAAUGAACAACUGAAACAGUUCACAAACCGCAUCCCACAAAAACCCAACUUGGUUAGGGCACUGACCCUGUUUGAAACUCUAGGUGAUGACCCAGGCCCACUAUUGCAUGCGGUAUCUUAUCUAUAUUCAUUACUGUUACAAAAUAGAAACCUCCCAUCUCUCCCGUACAUGGUAAUGGGGAAACUUUCACAGACCAGCAAUGGGGAAAGAUUUCUGACCUAAUACAUCACUGCGCACUAGCCAGUAAGACUCAGGAGACAGCCUAUAAUAUUUUGUCUUUAUGGUAUAGGACCCCACAGGCUCUAAGGUAUUUUAAUUCAGCUCUGGGAGACUAUUGUUGGCGCUGUGGGGCCGGCACUGGAAUGUUCCUGCACAUUUGGUGCACACUCUGGCCCUCCAGAUGUUGCUGAACUACAACUCCCACAAUUCUAUGAAUUAAAUAGAUAGGCUGAGAAUCAUGGGAGUUGUAGUUCAGCAACAUCUGGAGGGCCGGAGUUUGGGGAAGCCUGCCCUAGGGUAACACCUUUUUGGCAGGCAAUAGGUGAAAUCUUAAACAAAUUCUCUGACAACCCGCCCCCUUUACGACUGGCCCCCUACCUCUUACAGCACACUACCACGCCAACAACGGCAUACAAAAAAUCCAUGACGGUUAGUAUAUUCAAUACUGCAAAACAAGUGCUGCCUCUGUUCUGGAAAAAAGACAUACCCCCUCCCUUGACAGUGUGGUUUGAUAAGAUGGAGGACCUCCGACGACUGGAGGAACUGACGUUUGCGGCACAAGACUGCUAUCAGACUUAUAUGGACAUAUGGACGCACUGGCUGACGGUCGUUUACCAAGCUGACUUCCAGAGACUGCUGAUGUAUGGACAUCGGAUGGGACUCUAG